GUUUUUGAGCCGGCAUUAAUUUUGCCUGGUCACUUGGCCAAUGGGGCAUGUGUUUGGCGCUGGCCUCACAGUUUGUGUUUGUGUAGGGAGGGCUGGGGGAAUGCUUCCUGAGAGGGACUGCCCUGGCUAGGCCUUCAUGCCCUCAGAUGGCCGCCCAGAAGUAUAGAAUUGGGUUCCCUCCCCACUUCACCCUGCCAAUGACUCGGGCUAGUGUGGAUUCGUCUUGUCUUUUGGAGCCCCUGGUGUGUCUGUGGCCGAGGAAGCCUCAUCAGUGCCCCUGUGGUGACUGAGCUCUGGGAAGUGUGUAUGCAUUGUGGCGUGCUGGAAGGGAGGGGAGGCCACCUGGGUGAUUAAGAGCAAGAUCACCUGAGCAGGACGGUCUCCAGGGCAGCAAGGUUGUUCUUACUCCUUCAAACCAGAGGUCUGUCCCCAGCCAGAUCCCCUCACCUGGAGUGGACACCACAGGCAGGAGCCAGAGCAUCCCUCAGCAAAGUGGGGCACCAAGGCCCUCUGCUAAGGACUCAUAAUUCACUGGGGGCGCCACCCCUACAAACAGCACCCACCAUGUUUAACCUAAUGAAGAAAGACAAGGACAAAGAUGGUGGGCGCAAGGAGAAGAAGGAAAAGAAGGAGAAAAAGGAAAGGAUGUCAGCCGCAGAACUCCGGAGCCUGGAGGAGAUGAGCCUGCGACGUGGUUUCUUCAACCUGAACCGAUCCUCCAAGCGUGAAUCCAAGACGCGCCUGGAAAUCUCCAACCCCAUCCCCAUCAAGGUGGCCAGCGGCUCUGACCUGCACCUGACUGACAUUGACUCCGACAGUAACCGGGGCAGCGUCAUCUUGGACUCGGGCCACCUAAGUACAGCCAGCUCCAGCGAUGACCUCAAGGGUGAGGAGGGCAGCUUCCGCGGCUCGGUGCUGCAGCGGGCAGCCAAGUUCGGCUCACUGGCCAAGCAGAACUCACAGAUGAUUGUCAAGCGCUUUUCCUUCUCCCAGCGUAGCCGGGAUGAGAGCGCCUCAGAAACCUCGACGCCCUCAGAGCACUCUGCCGCCCCCUCGCCACAGGUGGAGGUGAGGACUCUGGAGGGACAGCUGGUGCAACAUCCUGGCCCAGGCAUCCCUCGAGCAGGGCACCGAUCCGGAGCCCCUGAGCUGGUGACUAAAAAGUUCCCAGCCGACCUGCGCCUGCCCCCCGUGGUGCCCCUGCCCCCACCUGCCCUCCGGGAGCUGGAGCUGCAACGACGGCCCACUGGAGACUUUGGCUUCUCCCUGCGCCGCACAACUAUGCUGGAUCGGGGCCCCGAGGGCCAGGCCUAUCGGCGGGUGGUCCACUUUGCUGAGCCCGGUGCAGGCACCAAGGACCUCGCCCUGGGGCUGGUGCCAGGAGAUCGACUGGUGGAGAUUAAUGGGCACAACGUGGAGAGCAAGUCCAGGGAUGAGAUUGUGGAGAUGAUCCGGCAGUCAGGGGACAGCGUGCGGCUCAAGGUGCAGCCCAUUCCGGAGCUCAGCGAGCUCAGCAGAAGCUGGCUGCGAAGCAGCGAGGGACCCCGCAGGGAGCCAGCCGAUCUGGACCCUGAGGCUGCCUCUCCUGCCCACAGCCAGGCAAAGACAGAAGAGCAGAUUGCAGCAGAGGAGGCCUGGAAUGAGACGGAGAAGGUGUGGCUGGUCCAUAGGGAUGGCUUCUCACUGGCCAGUCAGCUCAAAUCCGAGGAGCUCAGCCUGCCUGAGGGGAAGGUGCGUGUGAAGCUGGACCACGAUGGAGCCAUCCUGGAUGUGGACGAGGAUGACGUGGAGAAGGCUAAUGCUCCCUCCUGCGACCGUCUGGAGGAUCUGGCCUCACUGGUGUACCUCAAUGAGUCCAGUGUCCUGCACACCUUACGCCAGCGCUACGGUGCUAGCCUGCUGCACACAUAUGCUGGCCCCAGCCUGCUGGUCCUCGGCCCCCGUGGGGCCCCUGCUGUGUACUCCGAGAAGGUGAUGCACAUGUUCAAGGGGUGUCGGCGGGAGGACAUGGCUCCCCACAUCUAUGCCGUGGCCCAGACCGCAUAUCGGGCCAUGCUGAUGAGCCGCCAGGACCAGUCGAUCGUCCUCCUGGGCAGCAGUGGCAGUGGCAAGACCUCCAGCUGCCAGCAUCUGGUGCAGUACCUGGCCACCAUCGCGGGCGUCAGCGGGAACAAAGUGUUUUCUGUGGAGAAGUGGCAGGCUCUGUACACCCUCCUGGAAGCCUUUGGGAACAGCCCCACCAUCAUGAACGGCAAUGCCACCCGCUUCUCCCAGAUCCUCUCUCUGGACUUUGACCAAGCUGGCCAGGUGGCCUCAGCCUCCAUUCAGACAAUGCUUCUGGAGAAGUUGCGUGUGGCUCGGCGCCCAGCCAAUGAAGCCACAUUCAACGUCUUCUACUACCUGCUGGCCUGUGGGGAUGGCAGCCUCAGGACAGAGCUCCACCUCAACCACUUGGCAGAGAACAGUGUGUUUGGGAUUGUGCCACUGGCCAAGCCUGAGGAAAAGCAGAAGGCGGCUCAGCAGUUUAGUAAGCUGCAGGCGGCCAUGAAGGUGCUGGGCAUCUCCCCUGAUGAACAGAAGGCCUGCUGGCUCAUUCUGGCUGCCAUCUACCACCUGGGGGCUGCAGGAGCCACCAAAGAAGCUACUGAAGCUGGGCGCAAGCAGUUUGCCCGCCAUGAGUGGGCCCAGAAGGCGGCGUACCUGCUGGGCUGCAGCCUGGAGGAGCUGUCCUCAGCCAUCUUCAAGCACCAGCACAAGGCUGGCACUCUGCAGCGCUCCACCUCCUUCCGCCAGGGCCCUGAGGAGAGCAGCCUGGGAAAUGGGACAGGCCCGAAACUGAGUGCGCUGGAGUGCCUCGAGGGGAUGGCGGCUGGCCUCUACAGCGAGCUCUUCACCCUUCUCGUCUCCCUGGUAAACAGGGCUCUCAAGUCCAGCCAGCACUCGCUGUGCUCCAUGAUGAUUGUGGACACCCCGGGCUUCCAGAACCCUGAGCAGGGUGGGUCAGCUCGCGGAGCCUCCUUUGAGGAGCUGUGCCACAACUACGCCCAGGACCGGCUGCAGAGGCUCUUCCACGAGCGCACCUUCGUGCAGGAGCUGGAAAGAUACAAGGAGGAGAACAUUGAGCUGGCGUUUGAUGACUUGGAGCCCCCCACGGGUGACUCUGUGGCUGCUGUGGACCAGGCCUCCCAUCAGUCCCUGGUCCGCUCACUGGCCCGCACAGACGAGGCAAGGGGCCUGCUCUGGCUAUUGGAAGAGGAGGCCCUGGUGCCAGGGGCCAGUGAGGAUGCCCUCCUGGAGCGCCUUUUCUCCUAUUAUGGCCCCCAGGAAGGUGACAAAAAAGGCCAAAGCCCCCUUCUGCGCAGCAGCAAACCACACCAUUUUCUCCUGGGCCACAGCCAUGGCACCAACUGGGUAGAGUACAACGUGACUGGCUGGCUGAACUACACCAAGCAGAACCCAGCCACCCAGAAUGCCCCCCGGCUCCUGCAGGACUCCCAGAAAAAAAUUAUCAGCAACCUGUUUCUGGGCCGCGCAGGCAGUGCCACAGUGCUCUCAGGCUCCAUUGCGGGCCUGGAGGGCGGCUCACAGCUGGCACUGCGCCGGGCCACCAGUAUGAGGAAGACCUUUACCACAGGCAUGGCGGCUGUCAAAAAGAAGUCACUGUGCAUCCAGAUUAAGCUGCAGGUGGACGCCCUCAUUGACACCAUCAAGAAGUCAAAGCUGCAUUUCGUCCAUUGCUUCCUGCCCGUGGCUGAGGGCUGGGCCGGAGAGCCCCGUUCUGCUUCCUCCCGCCGAGUCAGCAGCAGCAGUGAGCUGGACCUGCCCUCGGGAGACCACUGCGAGGCUGGCCUCCUGCAGCUGGAUGUGCCCCUGCUCCGCACCCAGCUCCGCGGCUCCCGCCUGCUCGAUGCCAUGCGCAUGUACCGCCAAGGUUACCCUGACCACAUGGUGUUUUCCGAGUUCCGCCGCCGCUUUGACGUCCUGGCCCCACACUUGACCAAGAAACACGGGCGUAACUACAUCGUGGUGGAUGAAAGGCGGGCAGUGGAGGAGCUGUUAGAGUGCUUGGAUCUGGAGAAGAGCAGCUGCUGCAUGGGCCUGAGCCGGGUUUUCUUCCGGGUGGGCACCUUGGCACGGCUAGAGGAGCAGCGGGAUGAACAAACCAGCAGGAACCUAACCCUGUUCCAAGCAGCCUGCAGGGGCUACCUGGCCCGCCAGCACUUCAAGAAGAGAAAGAUCCAGGACCUGGCCAUUCGCUGUGUACAGAAGAACAUCAGGAAGAACAAAGGGGUGAAGGAUUGGCCCUGGUGGAAGCUCUUUACCACAGUGAGGCCCCUCAUCGAAGUACAGCUGUCAGAGGAGCAGAUCCGGAACAAAGACGAGGAGAUUCAGCAGCUGCGGAGCAAGCUCGAGAAAGUGGAGAAGGAGCGGAACGAGCUGCGGCUCAAUAGUGACCGGCUGGAGACCCGGAUCUCCGAGCUGACAUCGGAGCUGACGGAUGAGCGUAACACAGGAGAGUCUGCCUCCCAGCUGCUGGACACGGAGACGGCGGAGAGGCUCCGGGCUGAGAAGGAGAUGAAGGAGCUGCAGACCCAGUACGAUGCACUGAAGAAGCAGAUGGAGGUGAUGGAAAUGGAGGUGAUGGAGGCCCGUCUCAUCCGGGCAGCGGAGAUCAACGGGGAAGUGGAUGACGAUGAUGCAGGUGGUGAGUGGCGGCUGAAGUAUGAGCGGGCUGUGCGGGAGGUGGACUUCACCAAGAAGAGGCUCCAGCAGGAGUUUGAGGACAAGCUGGAAGUGGAGCAGCAGAACAAGAGGCAGCUGGAGCGGCGGCUUGGGGACCUGCAGGCAGAUAGUGAGGAGAGCCAGCGGGCUCUGCAGCAGCUCAAGAAGAAGUGCCAGCGGCUGACGGCUGAGCUGCAGGACACCAAGCUGCACCUGGAGGGCCAGCAGGUCCGCAACCACGAGUUGGAGAAGAAGCAGAGGAGGUUUGACAGUGAGCUCUCGCAGGCGCACGAGGAGGCCCAGCGGGAGAAGCUGCAGCGGGAGAAGCUGCAGCGGGAGAAGGACAUGCUCCUCGCUGAGGCUUUCAGCCUGAAGCAGCAACUGGAGGAAAAAGACAUGGACAUUGCAGGGUUCACCCAGAAGGUUGUCUCCCUAGAGGCGGAGCUCCAGGACAUUUCUUCCCAAGAGUCCAAGGAUGAGGCCUCUCUGGCCAAGGUCAAGAAACAGCUCCGGGACCUAGAGGCGAAGGUCAAGGAUCAGGAAGAGGAGCUGGAUGAGCAGGCAGGGACCAUUCAGAUGCUGGAGCAGGCCAAGUUGCGUCUGGAGAUGGAGAUGGAGCGGAUGAGACAGACCCAUUCUAAGGAGAUGGAGAGUCGGGAUGAGGAGGUGGAGGAGGCCCGGCAGUCAUGUCAGAAGAAGUUAAAACAGAUGGAAGUGCAGCUGGAGGAAGAGUAUGAGGACAAGCAGAAGGUGCUGCGAGAGAAGCGGGAGCUGGAGGGCAAGCUCGCCACCCUCAGCGACCAGGUGAACCGGCGGGACUUUGAGUCAGAGAAGCGGCUGCGGAAGGACCUGAAGCGCACCAAGGCCCUGCUCGCGGAUGCCCAGCUCAUGCUGGACCACCUGAAGAACAGUGCUCCCAGCAAGCGGGAGAUCGCCCAGCUCAAGAACCAGCUGGAGGAGUCAGAGUUCACCUGUGCAGCAGCUGUGAAAGCACGGAAAGCAAUGGAAGUGGAGAUCGAAGACCUGCACCUGCAGAUUGAUGACAUCGCCAAAGCCAAGACUGCGCUGGAGGAGCAGCUGAGCCGCCUUCAGCGUGAGAAGAAUGAGAUACAGAACCGGCUGGAGGAGGAUCAGGAAGACAUGAACGAGCUGAUGAAGAAGCACAAGGCCGCCGUGGCUCAGGCUUCUCGGGACCUGGCUCAGAUAAAUGAUCUCCAGGCUCAGCUAGAAGAGGCCAACAAAGAGAAGCAAGAGCUGCAGGAGAAGCUGCAAGCCCUCCAGAGCCAGGUGGAGUUCCUGGAGCAGUCCAUGGUGGACAAGUCCCUGGUGAGCAGGCAGGAAGCCAAGAUACGGGAGCUGGAGACACGCCUGGAGUUUGAAAGGACGCAAGUGAAACGGCUGGAGAGCCUGGCCAGCCGGCUCAAGGAAAACAUGGAGAAGCUGACCGAGGAGCGGGAUCAGCGCAUUGCAGCCGAGAACCGGGAGAAGGAGCAGAACAAGCGGCUACAGAGGCAGCUCCGGGACACCAAGGAGGAGAUGGGCGAGCUUGCGAGGAAGGAGGCUGAGGCGAGCCGCAAGAAGCAUGAACUGGAAAUGGAUCUGGAAAGCUUGGAGGCUGCUAACCAGAGCCUCCAGGCCGACCUAAAGCUGGCAUUCAAGCGCAUCGGGGACCUGCAGGCCGCCAUUGAGGACGAGAUGGAGAGUGAUGAGAAUGAGGACCUCAUCAACAGUUUGCAGGAUAUGGUGACAAAGUAUCAGAAAAGAAAGAAUAAACUUGAGGGAGACUCAGAUGUGGAUUCGGAGCUGGAGGACCGGGUUGACGGGGUCAAGUCCUGGUUGUCAAAAAACAAGGGACCUUCCAAGGCAGCUUCUGAUGAUGGCAGCUUGAAGAGUUCCAGCCUCUCUAAGGAGGCCCCAGGGGUGGAGGAGAGGCCGGCCUCGGUGGUGAGCUCCCUGAGCUAUCGGAAGCGGCUCACCCUGAAGGACUCCAUCGGGGGCACCGGGGAUGCAGAUUCACUCUUCACCUCCCUGAGCGAGCGGGCUGCCUCCCCCGAGAGGCCCCCGCGGAAGGCCCGUGUGGGCCCCAGGGAGGAGCCAGGCCCGGACAGGAAGUCCGAGGAGCCGGAGGAGGAGCGGAGCUCCGUCCUCUCCGGGGCCGGGGGGCGCUCGGGCCGGAAGCGGUGGGGCUCCGACUUCAGCCGGGCCUCCCCGGUCUCUGCACCCGUCAGCCGGGCCUCCUCGGCCACGCGGCGGGGCUCUGGUGAGGACAGGGCCGGCUCCUCCCUGAGCUUCUCGCUGUCGGGCUCGCCCAGUUCCCGCCGCAGCGCCUCCCGGCUCGACAGCCUGUCCCGGACGCUCAGCCCUUCCCUGAGCCGGGCCUCGGGCCUAGGCCGGGAGAGCCCCGAUUCCCGCCUGUCCCUGGGCCAGAGCUGCCUGGACGAGUGGGACGACGGCGCCAGCGUGGCCUUGAGUGAGACCUGCUCGCAGUACAGCCACCCGUCGCUGGCCCGCAGUCUGUCGGUGCCACCGCGGCCACGCAGCUCGGCCUCGGCCAUGGACGAGCCUCCCAGCUCCAGCGUCCGCCCCGUCGGCCGUCACUCGUACCUGGACCCAGACCUGGAGGCUGCCAUCAACGAGGUCUUGAGCUACAAGCCUGUUCCAUUCCAACGGAGCAGCCUGGAGCCCGACUCUGAGGAGGAUGACAGGAAGAGCAUCCAGAGUGCCCGGAGCGCCCACCUGGACCCCCCAGAGCGAGCUGCCAGCAUCCGCCGCUCCGCCUCCGCUGCUGAUGUGUCCCGGUCCCACAGCGGCAGGAAGAGCCGGAGCCCGCGAAGACGCAGGAGCAGAAGGAGCAGCUCCAGCUCCAGCUCCAGCUCCAGCUCCAGCUCCAGCUCUGAAGCUUCCUCGGAGCACAAGAGGCGGAAGAAGGGGCGCUCUCGGAAGAGCAAGAAGUCCAAGUCUAGGAGAAAGAAAACAGAGUCUGAGUCCUCCUCGUCGUCGUCCAGCGGCUCGACCGUGUCCAGCCACAGCCGCUCCAGUGUGAAGAAGGGCCCAACUGCAGAAAGUGAAGAGGCCGGGCGGACGCACCGGCCGUCGAAGAAGGAGGAGAAGAAGCGCAAGAAGGAGGUGGACAGCCUGAUGAUGCGGUACCUCUACCGGCCUGAGAGCGACUAGUGCACCCCACCAGCUACUGGAAGUCCCUUGCCCCUGACCGGUCAGAUGAUGAGCACGACCCUCUCGACAACACCUCCAGACCCCGAUACUCC